AUGACCGCCCCUCUACAAAAUGAGAAAAGAAAAGUUAUUGAGUUGGCAGAAAGAUUGUUAAAAGAACUUAGAUUAGAGUUCACUGUUUCUAGUACCAAAGAAGCCCCUUUUAGCAUGAGAAUGGAAAAACUUGCUUCGGUUCAAGAUAAGGAAGGGAUUGAGACUGCGAAAAAAUAUUUCAUACUCACGAAAACUAGUUUUGGGGCUAAGGAAACCGGAAAGUUUAAAGAAAUUACGGAAAAAAUAAAGCAGUUGGAGCAAGAGAAAGCAAAAACUAACGAUUUUAACAAGGACAAGGUUAUCCAAUUAAUAAAUGAACUUAAACCUUUUUGUAGUGGGAGUUCUAAUAGAGAGGAAUUCGCGGAGAAAAUUAAACAAAAACACCAAGAACUUAAUAAAAAAAUUGCUACUAUUUUAAAAGAAGCCAAAAAUGAAACUGACCCCCAAAAAUUAACUGCUUUUUUAAAACAAAUCAACGAAGCAAGCAUAGGAGUUGAAAUUAAAAUGGAAAAGAAACUUCAAAAUGAAUUAGACAAUUUAACAGAAAAAGUGCUUUCUUUUGAACCUAAUCCAGGGAAAAAAAUAUUUGACGAAUUAAAUGACAAUUUAAAUCAAAAUGGUUUAAAUAUAGAGGAUUUAGAAGAAGAAACCAAAGAAGAAUUAGAAAGUUUGGAAAAUGAGGAAGAUAAAAAAGAAAUUAUAAAAAAACAACAAACUUUAAUUAGAGAAAUAAGUAUAAAGGGAGCCAAAAAGAAAUUAGAAGUAUUAAUAGAAAAAAUUAAAGUUGAUUUAAGUAAGAAUUUAAUUAACCAAAUUCGUGAAACUAAAAAUGCAAUAGUUCAAUUUAUUAGCGAAAAUAGUUAUAAUCAGAGUGCUUACUUCGCAAAUCAAUCAGCAGUAGAUCAAUUUCUUGAACAAGCCGAAAAUAAACUUUCAAGCCUUUCAGAACCAGAACCAAUGUGA